AUGUCGGAUCCGGUGUCGAGCAUCCGCGCCUACAUCGAAAUAUUAACAAAACUGGCGAAUCAAAUCGAGCGGGAAGGCGGAGUUCGGACCUCGUUGACCGGAUCGCUCGUCAGGAUUGCCAAGGACGCGCACGACCACACGAACAGGAUAUUGGAGAGGGAAAAGAACGAAAGAACGCCCGAGAAAGCGUUUAAAGCGCCGUUGCCGUUCGAUCGGAGCAAAUCGGACUAUCGACCGCGGAUGGGCGCGCCGAAAAAGUUAUUGAGUCCGCCCGGAAGCGUUUCAGCCAUCGGAAACAUCAGAAGACAGCGAUUCACAGUAUUUAGUGUGUGGUUCGGUUUAUCAAACGAUGUUAACAAGAGUAAAGUUGCGGAAAUUCUCACCAAUAUUGGGUACGUUAGAAACCACGAAUUUUUGAUUAUUUUAAGCUUUCAGAAUUCGUACCGAAGAGCCGGACGUCAGUAUUCCCGCGAAGAAGAAGAUGGGCGUGUUCGAAGAGGUGGGAAGUCUCUCCCGUAUCACUUUUGAGGUGGACCACGCGAGAACGCUGGCGCUUUUGCGGAAGUUUGACGGCGACCGAUGCGACUUGACGAAGAGCAGCGAUAACUAUUUCACGUGUUAUCUUCAGGUACUAGACACGGAAAUAAUUUAAUGCUUUCCGGUACUUUAGGAUGCGACGAUCUUCAAAGAGCUCUCCGAUUGGGACGUUCUGAAGAUGACGUUCACACGGUACGCCAUCUUGUUCCUGAGGAAUGCGUGGCCGUGGACGCAGGGAUUCAUACUCGAAGCAUUCAAGGAUACGCUGACGGUGUGGAAGAGCGGAAGCCAAAUCAAAAUGUACAAAUGGGAAAUGUUGAUGGAGAACAAACAACUUGUCGACAAGACUAUCACGCAUCUGACGGAAGAGGGGAAGAAUAGAAUGAAGGCGUAUUUGGAGAAACACUCGAAAUGA